UUUGUGCACUAAAUAAAAAGUAGGCAACACCUUGAGGCCAAAGUGUAUCCAUUGUCCAUCCCUCUGACUAGGACACUUACAACCAAACGAAUUUAGCCUCUUUAUAUAUAGAUGUAUUUUUAUCCUCUCUGUCUUGUCUACAGAGGAACUAAAGUGAAUUGAGUCAGAAAAAAGAAAGAGGGUAACAUGGAUGCUUGUUUUCUUACCUCAAGAUCAAUCUCUGGUGUUAAAGAUAUUGUCCCGUUCACCAAAGCCAGAAUCUAUUCUUGCCCCAAGAGAAGCUCCGGCAAGUUCCUCACCAGGAAGGUUGCUGCUCCCAUCUCUGUAAAAUGUUCUGUUUCGGAUUCAUGGAAGCCAUUGGAGAGUGAUACUGAUCUCAUCAAGGAUUGUGUCAACAAAUCUAAAGCAGAUGCUGACUGGAAAGAGUUCAGAGCGAGGCUCGUGGCUGGGGAGCAAGCUGCAACCUCCGACAUGGUGGUGGACUGUUCAUCAUCAACGUCCUCACGGAUCACUCUUGGAGACAAAUGGGCACACAAGAUCAGCGAGCCAGAGCCAGGAUGUCUCCUAGUUGCCACUGAGAAGCUAGACGGAGUCCAUAUCUAUGAAAAGACUGUGGUUCUUAUCCUCUCUGUUGGACCCUCAGAUACUAUAGGAGUCAUCCUCAACCGUCCAUCGCUGAUGUCAAUCAAAGGGACAAAGUCAACUGUCUUAGACAAGGCGGGAACGUUUUCAGACAAGAGACUCUUCUUUGGUGGACCUUUGGAAGAAAGGUUGUUCUUGGUGAGUCCAAGAAACGGCGAAGACAACGAGGUUGAGAAGAGUGGGGUGUUCAGACAAGUCAUGAAAGGAUUGUACUCAGUCCCGGCUUUGGACUAUGGCAAGUGGGGCAAUGGCCCUGGGCCCAAGGGUCAAAAAAAAAAAUUUAAUGUAAUUUGACUAAUUGUAAAAGGUUCAUUUUAGUUUGUUAAAGGAUCAAAUAGUUUAAUAAACCUAUAAUAAAAGGUCCAUAAUCAGAUAAACCUAAUUAACUUAUAAAAAGACAAAACAAGAAAAAUUUCUUUACGCUUCCUAUUUUCUAAUCUUACCGUUGAUGGUAAAAGAGAAGCUCUCGAACCCAGCAAAAGUGAACAACACAAAUCAUAAACCAAAAUAUAUGUUCUAUUCACUGAUCAGUUAGUGAGAUUUCUUUUCAAAGUAGAGGUUUGUUUAAUUGAUUACAUCUAUAUCUUUUACUCUCUUAGUUUAUUGUUUCAGGUCAUAAAAAUGAAUGGGCACAAUACUCGUCGAAGAAUUGAUCAUGAUCAAGGCAAUGGAAUGAAGAAAUGUUUUAUAGAAAAUGUCCAUAUUUCAAGUUUCGCCCAAGGCUAUAAAAUAGUUUAAGACGGUCCUGAUUGUACUAUGGGACGAGGGAGAGUGUAGGAUUGGCUGCAGAGAUGGUGAAGAGGAAGUUGGUGGGAAGAAGUGAGGUAAGGAUCUUUAAUGGGUACUGUAGUUGGGAAAAUGAGCAGUUGAAAGCAGAUGUGUUGAGAGGGUAUUGGACAGUGGCUGCAUGUAGCUCAAGUGUUGUUGAGCUUGGUUCAGCUGUUCAAAGUCAUGGUCUUUGGGAUGAGGUUGUUGGGCUUAUUGGCCCUCAAAGUGGCUCUGCUAUCUAAACUGUGUUUAAUGUAAUGAGUUUCUAACUAGUAGUUUAUGUCAGUGAGUCAUGACUAUAUUGUGUAUGUUUUAUUAGGGUAUGUAUUGAGGAUUCAUCACUAAUUUAUGAGGUGUUUUUGUAACA